CAAUAAUAUUCACUACUAUUUAAAUGGGACACGCCAUCUUCUCCCCCAACUACUCCAGUUUUAUGGAUAUCUGGCCUCGAUAAUGGUCACUAUACCUUGCCCCUCCGACAAGUCUUCUGUUGUCCAUCCAGGAGCAGCGAAAGAUCCAUAUGAAGAUCCUCUUUCUGUACCAGAAAACUACGUGCAACAUAUUUUGCUCACUACCACACCACUUCCCCCCAUAACGAGCUCUUCUUUUUUUCGCGAAGUUGAGUGGACCUCACUCUUUGCGCUCACCAUUGUGCCGGUCGCCUCUCUCUAUGGUGCGCUAACCACAACUCUACGUCUUCCUACGUUCCUUCUUGCAUUUGCCUACUAUUUCUACACGGGCUUGAGCAUCACCGCUGGAUACCACAGGCUCUGGGCUCACCGUUCCUACAACGCCACCCUUCCACUACAAAUUUUCCUCCUUCUUGGCGGCUCUGGCGCAGUGCAGGGGUCCGUCAAGUGGUGGAGCCGAGGCCACAGAGCGCAUCACAGGUACACCGAUACCGAUCUGGACCCGUACAAUGCCUUGCGAGGAUUCUUUUACAGCCAUAUAGGCUGGAUGUUGGUGAGGCCAAGGAGAAAGAUCGGCAAAGCCGACGUCAGCGACCUUGGAAAGGAUCCGCUGCUCCAGUGGCAACACCGUAAUCUUGUCUGGCUCAUUUUUAUCAUGGCAUUCGGUGUCCCUACUGCAAUAGCUCACUUUGGUUGGGGAGACGCGAAAGGUGGAUUCGUAUACGCUGGUAUCGUCAGGCUGUUAGUUGUUCACCACUCGACUUUCUGUGUCAACUCUCUCGCUCAUUGGAUCGGCGAUGCCCCCUUUGACGACAAACACACGCCCAAGAAUCAUGUUCUUACUGCGAUUGUUACUGUCGGCGAAGGAUAUCAUAAUUUCCAUCACCAGUUCCCAACAGAUUAUCGGAAUGCUAUCGAAUGGUACCAAUAUGAUCCUACCAAGUGGUUCAUUUGGCUCAUGGAAUGUGUCGGACUUGCUUCGCAACUAAAGAUGUUCCCUUCCAACGAAAUCCAGAAGGGAGAGCUCCUGAUGGAGAUGAAGCGUCUUAGGGAAAGGCAAGAACGCAUCGAGUGGUGCAAUCACGCGGAACAGUUACCUGUUGUCUCCUACGAGAGUUUCCAAAAACAGGCUACUAAACGACCUCUCGUUCUUGUCUCGGGUUUUAUACACGACAUGUCUGGUUUCCUCGAGCAUCAUCCCGGCGGAAAACCGUUGCUAGCAAGAUACAUUGGUAGGGAUGCAACCACGGCAUUUUUUGGCGGCGUGUAUGACCAUUCGCAUGCGGCCCACAACCUGCUGUCAAUGAAACGCGUGGGUAUCCUUGACGGCGGUCAUCCUCAUAUCUUGGAUAUUGCAAAAAUCGUACCUCCGGGUGAAUUGAUGAGGGUCGUCAAGUACGGCGAAACAUUUCCCUCGAGUGGAUCAUGGACAGAGGGAGAGGAGACCGCAUGGAGCGAUGAAGAUACGCCAAGGGCUGCGAAGGACAUCGAUUCGGACGACAACAUGUCAACAAUAGACAAACGGCCUCCUGCUCUAGAAAUUAGAGAACGCGAGGAGGAAGUCAAGAUAGAAUAAACGGACACCGUAUACCAUAAGACGUACGCAUGUAGAUACCGCUUUACACAUGCACUUGCACAAUAAUUUUAAUACUCGGAAAAAAAGGUGCUACGGACGAG